UUUUAAGUUUUAUUGCGAGGGUCUCUUUUUUAUGGUUCUCCCUGCUUCUGUCUCUUUCGCGUGAAUCGAUCCAAAAGGUUUCCCUCCGAUCUCCUGCUUCUCCCGGCGGGGCGAGGCCGGAGCUCGCCUCGAUCCCCGUCUAGGGUUUUUGGUCCAAUUCUAGGGUUUGUUGCUUCGAACCCUCGCGGUCGAUCUGGGCGUUUCUAGGGUUUUGGUUCCAUUUUUUUUGUUUUUCUUUUGCUCUCCAUGAAGAGGUCCAAGAGCGUGGAAGUCCUCGGCGGUCGGCGGUGGAAGCUCUCGCACGGCCUUCUCGCCGUCGCCGCGCUCUACCUGCUCUUCAUCUCGUUCAAGUUCCGCCACUUCCUGGAGAUCGCAACCGUGCUCAGCGGCGACCGCAGCUUCGCUGGAGGUUCUGGCGUUGGUGACGUCGGCCAGCAUUUCUUGGGAUCUAUCUACCAUGGGGAUGCUUUCCACCGGAAGCUGGAGGACGACCGGAGCCGCGAUCCGCCGCAGAUGCCGCACAAGGACCAGCUGGUGGUCCGCGCCAGCCCGCUCCGGCCGUUCCGCCGGCAUUACGGCCGGAUCACUGGCGAGAUGUUGCGGCGAUACGGGCGGAAAUGGAACCGGACGCGGAGCGGCAACUUCUCCGAGCUGGAGAAGAUGGCGCAUGACGCCUGGACCCUCGGCCUCAAGGCUUGGGAGGAGGUGGAGAACAACAAGGCCGGGGCGGAGUUGAACUCCACCACGGUGCUCGAAGGAAAGCCCGAGUCGUGCCCGUCCUCGGUGUUGAUGAGCAAGCCUGAAGUGGGGGCUGACGUGGAGCGCGUGAUGUUCCUUCCGUGCGGUCUCGCGGUUGGCUCGUCGAUCACUGUGGUCGGGACGCCGCAUCCUGCGCACGAGGAGUUUGUGCCCCAGCUUGCGAGGAUCCGGCGGGGGGAUGGUAGGGUGAUGGUGUCGCAGUUCAUAGUGGAGCUGCAGGGGCUUAAGGCAGUGGAGGGUGAGGACCCGCCCAAGAUCUUGCAUGUGAACCCGAGGCUGAAGGGGGAUUGGAGCCGAAGGCCAGUCAUCGAGCAUAACACCUGCUAUCGGAUGCAAUGGGGCAAGGCAAUGCGGUGUGAUGGGUUACCAUCUGAGGGCAGUGAGGAAUCUGUUGAUGGAUUCAACAAAUGUGAGAAAUGGGAACGUGGUGAUACUGUUGACUUGAAGGAAUCUAAAACAACUACAUGGUUGAAACGGUUCAUAGGUCGUGCAAAGAAGCCAGAAAUGACAUGGCCGUUUCCAUUUGUGGAGGGCAGGAUGUUUGUUUUGACACUUCGAGCUGGUGUUGAAGGAUAUCACAUUAAUGUAGGGGGCCGGCAUGUGACUUCAUUCCCAUACCGCACGGGAUUUACUCUUGAAGAUGCAACUGGUUUGGCGAUUAAGGGAAAUGUCAACAUACAUUCAGUAUAUGCUACUUCUCUUCCAAAAUCACAUCCCAGUUUUUCACUUCAGCAUGUCUUGGAAAUGUCAGAAAAAUGGAAAACCGCUUCUCUACCCGAAAAACCAGUUGAUCUUUUCAUUGGUGUCCUAUCUGCAACCAAUCAUUUUGCUGAACGGAUGGCUAUCAGGAAAACUUGGAUGCAGUAUCCUGCUGUCCGGUCGUCAAAUGUAGUUGUCCGUUUCUUUGUUGCUCUGAGUCCAAGGAAGGAGGUAAAUGCAGCACUGAAGAAGGAAGCUGAAUAUUUUGGAGAUGUUGUGAUUUUGCCAUUCAUGGACCAUUAUGAAUUAGUUGUUCUUAAAACAAUUGCAAUUUGUGAAUAUGGGGUCCACAACUUGACUGCAGAAUAUAUUAUGAAAUCUGAUGAUGACACAUUUAUCAGGGUGGAUGUCGUAUUGAAGGAAAUUGAGGGCAUUGUGCAGAAUAAAUCUCUAUAUAUGGGUAAUCUGAAUCUUUUACAUAGGCCACUCAGAAGUGGAAAAUGGGCAGUUACAUACGAGGAGUGGCCAGAAGAGAUAUACCCACCAUAUGCCAAUGGACCUGGUUACAUAAUUUCAGGUGACAUUGCAAAGUUUAUCAUGGCUCAGCAUGCCAAUCAAAGCUUAAGAUUGUUCAAGAUGGAAGAUGUAAGCAUGGGAAUGUGGGUAGAAGAGUUUAAUGCCACCACAACUGUUCAGUAUUCUCACAGUUGGAAGUUCUGUCAGUAUGGGUGCAUGGAGAACUAUUACACAGCACACUACCAGUCUCCAAGGCAAAUGAUUUGUCUGUGGGACAAAUUAUCGAGGGGUCGAGCGCAAUGUUGUAACUUUAGAUAACCACGCAAGAAACAGGUGUUUCUCUUUUCUCCCAUUAGUCAACCCUUUACAGCAUUUUUGUUAGUGGAUGCUUGUUUGGUGUAGCAUUUCUCGCCCCACGAGCCUUCGAGUUUUUAUUGGAUGGCUGAGGGUUGGCAUUAACUGCUGCCUCCCUGCUAGUUGUCACGUCUUGUGAAAGCAUUUGUAUAUUUGAUUUGGUUUUUUGACAGUUCUCAAUCAAUACAGCUUGCCACGCAGCAUAUCUUGCAAUUGGAUGA